AGUCAAACGAAAUUGACAAAGACAAACUGUGAAUGUGAUUGUGAUUUGUGAAUUGUCACUCAAUUUGUUGUGUAAUAAAUAUUAAACAUACCUAGAAAAAAAUCAAUAAAACACAAAAAUGCUAUCAAGAUCUGCGUUACGGAAGAAUGGUAUAAAAACUCUAGUUAGAUUAUACAGCGAGGGUACUGGACAAAACCAGGGAAUGUCUUCUACCUCGCCGCCACCAGCAUCUGCAAAAGUGAACGCUAACGUACCAGGUCUUAGCAGUGCUGUAAUACAUCCAGCAUCUGAGCCAUUGGGCCCUGGAGUAGACCUUCAGAAGUCGGGGCCGUACAAAGUGCCCGAGUAUUUCUGUUACGACAACAUGAGCUAUUUCGAAGCUGAAAUUGAAAUGUCAAAGUUUAGGCUGCCACAGCCCUCUUCACUCAAGUAGUAGACUAAAAAAAUGGUUGUUUAUUUAGAAUUAAUACAUAUAGUUAUCAAAUUGUUUAAUAAAUUAUUAUAAUCCUUAACAA